AUGGACAACCUGCAGGCACGCAGCUUUACACAGUCGCCCAAGCAGGUGCCGGAGGGCCAGAGAGUGGCCUUGCCCAUGGCCGCUCAGGAAGAGGAGGCACGUCAGACACCAGUGGAGGCUCAGCCCCAGGAGGUUGCAGACACACCAGCUUCAGAAACACACUCGUCCGCACAAACACCUAUACCGCAAAUAAACACAUCCAAUGGUACAACACCACCUAUGCCCGACUCGUCACUACCCUCACAGCCUCCCACGCCUCGACGAAGGACCGACUCCGUCUCUACCGUAGCCACGAACGUGACCACGCAGUCAUCCACUAGGAGCUCCCUCGUCUUCAUAUCGAAAGCACUGGAAGACAUUGCAGCGUCAAAAGAUGCGCGGAACAACAAGCAGCUCGGGCAAUCGGUGCAGCGAGCGCUGGCAGCCGUCAAGAACGAUGGGGACCCUGCCCAAAUCAAUCCAGAGAUCCUUUUCGAGCCGCUGCACCUAGCAUCACGAGCCCGUACCGUCUCCGUCGUUACCACCGCGCUUGACUGCAUCGGAAAGCUAAUCAGCUAUUCGUACUUCGUCAUUCCUGCCGACUCCCAAUCCGCCCCUCCCAAUGCGCCUCCGCUCAUUGAGCGCGCCAUAGACACUAUUUGCGAGUGCUUUCCGCUUGAGGGAACCCACGCCGAAAUCGAGCUGCAGAUCGUGAAGUCGCUACUCGCUGCCAUACUGAACGACAAAAUCAUAGUCCAUGGAGCUGGGUUACUGAAGGCGGUGCGCGCGACCUACAAUGUCUUCCUAUACUCGAAAUCCAGCAUCAACCAGCAGAUGGCACAAGGGGCAUUGACGCAAAUGGUCGGAACUGUCUUUGAGCGGCUGAAAGGAAGGCUGUCGGCGAAAGAUGCACGGACAAACCUGUCUCGGAUAUCCCUUGAAGACGCAAGCGGCUCUGAGGAGACUCCCGCAGAAACUUCCAGCAGCACCAUUGCUGUGGAUAGUUCCGAGAUCAAUGGCGGCGAUGGUCAGGUCGACGCUGAUGCGGGAGAAGGUUCAUUAGCUGUGCCAAGCGAUGUGCCGGUGGAGAAGACAGGCCCUAAGCUGACGCUGCAGAGCUUUGAAAAUACCAAGGAUUUUGACGACAAGAACAUCCAGGACAAUGCUCCGACACUAGUUACACGAGUUAAGGGGCGUCGAACGCCUGUUCGCAAUUCAUCUGGGAACAUCCUGAGCAGUCAUCAAGAGGGCCUUGAGACUAACGAUGAAGACGAAGAGGACGAUAUCUUCAUUAAAGAUGCUUUCCUCGUUUUCAGAUCAAUGUGUAAACUGAGCACCAGCACGCGAGGCUUGCCGAAAGACGGCGUGCUGGACGUCAGAUCGCAAAGCAUGCGCUCAAAACUAUUAUCCCUUCAUCUUAUCCACGCCAUCAUUAGCAACAAUGUCGAGGUCUUCAUCUCACCACACGCAACGAUCAAAGGAAAUGACAACGCCGAACCCAAAUCCUUCGUUGAAGCCAUCAAGCACUACCUUUGCCUGACCCUGGUCCGCAACGGUGCCAGCGCGGCCAAACAAGUCUUUGAGGUCAGCUGUGAGAUCUUUUGGCUGAUGACCAAACACCUCCGUGUUAUGUUAAAGAAGGAUAUAGAGGUAUUCCUCAAAGAGAUGUACCUAGCGAUACUAGACAAGCGAUCCGCGCCCGUUUUCCAGAAGCAGUACAUCUUGACCAUACUAGGGAGACUUGCGGAAGACCCACGGGCGUUGGUCGAGAUAUAUCUAAACUAUGACUGCGACCGCACCGCACUGGAUAACAUGUUCCAGCGAAUCGUCGAGCAUUUGUCGAGGAUAUCGAGCACGCCAGUCCCGAUCACUGCAUUGCAGCAGCAGGCUUACCAAGACUACUAUGCGAAGCACGGAGACUCCAAGUCGAACUGGCAGUCGCGUGGAAUGCUGCCACCGCCACUGACAACAACAUCGAUGCACGCUGAGCAGAGCGUUGAUCAUGGCUUUCCUCCGGAGUACUCGAUGAAGCAGGAGUCGCUGGAAUGCAUGGUAGAGAUACUCCGGUCACUUGUUAGUUGGGCGCAGCAGAACAUCGCAGAGACAUUAGCCGAUCGCGACCCUGAUUCACGCUCUUCAGUCGAUGACUUGCGCCAGUCAAUGGAGACGCGGAGCAGCAUCAAUGGACUGCCCCAAGCGGCGGGCGCAGAGGUAUCUUCAGGUACAGGUACGCCUCUUGCAGAAGACGACCCAAGCGAGCUCGAGAGAGCAAAGAGGCAUAAGACGGCUCUUACGGCUGCGAUCAAGCAGUUCAACUUCAAGCCGAAGCGCGGCAUCAAAACGCUGCUAAAAGAGGGUUUCAUACCGUCUGACAGCCCGGAAGAUAUCGCGAGAUUUUUCUUAGGCAACGAACUAAUAGACAAGAAAGCUCUUGGCGAGUAUCUUGGGGAGGGUGACGAGGAAAACAUCAAGAUCAUGCAUGCUUUCGUCGAUGCUAUGGAUUUCACCAAGACGCGCUUCGUAGACGCUCUUCGGCGGUUCUUGCAAAGUUUCCGGCUACCAGGCGAGGCCCAAAAAAUCGAUCGUUUCAUGCUCAAGUUUGCUGAGCGAUACAUCACUGGCAACCCGAACGCCUUCGCCAACGCUGACACCGCCUAUGUUCUUGCGUACUCUGUCAUCAUGCUAAACACUGAUCAACACAGCAGCAAGCUCAAAGGUCGCCGCAUGACACCAGAAGACUUCAUCAAGAACAAUCGUGGUAUCAAUGACAAUGCAGAUCUGCCUGAUGACUACCUCCGAGGGAUUUUCGAUGAGAUCACGCACAACGAGAUCGUACUGGAGACUGAACAAGAAACGGCUGCCAACCUAGGUGUAGCGGCUCAGCCUGCGGGAGGUCUUGCGUCCAACAUCAGUCUGCGCAUCGCAACGGUCGGCAGAGAUCUUCAGCGGGAGGCGUACGUGCAAGCCUCUGAGGAGAUGGCAAAUCGAACCGAGCAAAUGUACAAAACUCUGCUCAGGGCGCAACGGCGCGGCGCGUCGAGAACGACUGUUUCGAAAUUCAUACCAGCCACAUCCUUCAAGCAUGUUGGCCCGAUGUUCGAUGUGACCUGGAUGCCCUUCCUCACUGCUCUGUCUGGAGAGGCACAGAGCACGCAUAAUCUGGAGACUAUCAGAUUGUGCAUGGAGGGUCAGAAGCUUGCCAUCCGUAUCGCUUGCCUCUUUGACUUGGAGAACCCGCGACAAGCUUUUGUUGCCUCGCUCGCUCGCUUCACGAACCUGUACAACUUGAGUGAGAUGAAGGCUAAGAAUGUCGAGGCGCUUAAGGUUUUGCUAGAGGUUGCGCAGAACGAGGGGAACUUCUUGAAGGAGGCAUGGCGAGACAUACUGACAUGCAUAAGUCAGCUCGACCGGUUUCAGCUCAUCUCAACCGGAGUAGAUCAGGAGGCUGUACCAGAUGUUCUCAGAACGCAUGUGCAGUCCCGAACUCCUCCAGCGAGAAAAUCCCUCAACGUCCCAAGCCGACCACGGCCGAGAGGUUCAAACAGCACCAUCAACUACCAGUCCGAGAUUGCAGAAGAGAGCCGGUCGACGGACAUGAUCCGGGCCGUCGAUCGCAUCUUUACCAACACCGCCAACCUGUCCGGCGAGGCUAUAGUCUACUUUGUCAAAGCCCUUACGCAGGUGAGCUGGCAAGAGAUACAGUCGUCCGGUCAGAGCGAGUCUCCGCGCACCUACAGCCUUCAAAAGCUGGUCGAGAUCAGCGGCUACAAUAUGACUCGUGUGCGCUUCGAGUGGACGAAUAUCUGGCAAGUGCUGGGCGAGCACUUCAACCAGGUUGGCUGUCACACGAACACGACUGUUGUCUACUUCGCGCUCAACUCUUUGAGGCAGCUUUCUAUGCGUUUCAUGGAGAUUGAGGAGCUACCGGGUUUUAAAUUCCAGAAGGACUUCUUGAAGCCGUUCGAGCAUAUCAUUAAUAAUACGAGCAUCGUGCAGGUCAAAGACAUGGUCCUGAGAUGCUUAAUCCAGAUGAUUCAGGCAAGGGGCGAGAAUAUCCGGUCAGGCUGGCGGACGAUGUUCGGGGUGUUCACCGUUGCUGCCAGGGAGCCAUAUGAAAACAUCGUCAACCUCGCCUUCGAGAAUGUGAACCAAGUCUACAACACCCGCUUCGGUGUCGUCAUCUCCCAGGGCGCCUUCGCCGAUCUGAUCGUCUGCCUGACUCAAUUUUCUAAGAACCAGAAGUUCCAGAAGAAGAGCUUGCAGGCUAUCGAGAUGCUCAAGUCGUCGGUGCCAAAGAUGCUGAGGACGCCGGAGUGUCCACUGAGCAGUAGAGUGCAUGAGGCCAAUGGCAGGGCGCGGAUGGAGGAAAGUCAGAGUCAAGGCUUGCCGAGACAGCCGAGCAGACAGAGCGAAGAGGAGCAAUUCUGGUUUCCGGUACUGUUUGCUUUCCAUGAUGUGCUCAUGACCGGGGAGGAUCUGGAGGUUCGAUCGAGAGCCCUGAACUAUCUCUUCGAGACCCUGACAAGAUACGGCGGAGACUUCCCACGGGAGUUCUGGGAUACCCUCUGGCGCCAGCUCCUGUUUCCGAUCUUCAUGGUGCUGAAGGACAAGUCCGAGAUGGGCAAAGUUCUCAACCACGAAGAGCUGUCCGUGUGGUUAUCCACAACCAUGAUCCAAGCUCUCCGCAACAUGAUCAGCCUCUUCACGCACUUCUUCGACUCUCUGGAGUGCAUGUUGGAUCGAUUCCUCAACCUCCUUGCGCUGUGCAUCUGUCAAGAGAACGACACACUCGCACGAAUCGGCAGCAACUGUCUCCAGCAGCUAAUUCUCCAGAAUGUCCAGCGCUUCACACCAGAGCACUGGCAUCAAAUCGUCAGUGCUUUCGUCGAUCUCUUCGCCAAGACAGAAGCAACAGCUCUCUUCUCAGCUGCCAUGUCCUCGUCUUCCCAACAGCCCACAACGAAUGGCACCAAACAAUUUAGAGGCCCCGCCGCAGACACUCAAAGCAUCACCGACCUAUCCGUCACCAACACACCGACGGAAGAGCUGAACGACCCGUCUGAAAACGCGCUCGGCAUUAACGGCCUCCCAACACCACGCCGCACUCCCUCCGUCACGACCCCCGACAGCUCUUCCGCCAUGUCCGGUAGCUCCAUCGCCGACACCCCUACCGCCUCCUCCACUCCGCCACCCCUCCCUCCUUCCACACCCGCCAAACGCCUUUCAACAGCCUCCACCACCCUCGAAGACUACGCCUCCACCCCCACUCAACAGACCCAACAAACCCCCGUCCCCGUCACCGCCGCCCGCCGCCGCUUCUUCAACCAAAUAAUCACAAAGUGCGUCCUGCAGCUCCUCAUGAUCGAGACGGUGCACGAGCUCUUCACAAACGACGCCGUGUACAACUGCAUACCGUCUCCCGAACUAUUGCGUCUCAUGCAGCUGCUCAGGAAGAGCUACCUUUUUGCCAAGAGGUUCAAUGCGGAUCGCGAGCUGAGGGCACGCCUGUUCCGGGAAGGGUUCAUGCGCAGUCCGCCCAAUUUGCUGAAGCAGGAGAGUGGCGCCGCGGGCGUGUUUGUCGGGAUUCUGUUCCGCAUGGUGGCGGAUAGUGCGGAGGAGAAAGUGGCGAGCCGCCCGGAGACGGAAGGGGCGCUCGUGCCGCUGACGGUGGAGAUUGUGGAGGGGUUCGUGGGGCUCGAUGAGGAGAGCCAGCAGAGGAAUAUCGUGACGUGGAGACCCACGGUUGUCGAUGUCGUGGAUGGAUGGGCGGCGUUCCCGGAUGAGGUCUUCGCUAGACAUGUACAAGACUUUGCGCCGCUGGUUGUGGGAUUGCUGGGGCGCGAGAUGGGAGGGGAGUUGCAGAGGGCGGUGCAGGGGCUUGUGGCGAGGGUAUUUGAGACGGGGCUGGGGAUUGAGAUUGGGAGGGUUGAGGGGCCGGUGGGGACGCCGGGGGUGCAGAGUCCGCGGUCGAGCGUGUUUGGGAGUAGGAGGGGAAGUCGGGUGACGAGGUAG